AUGCCUCACAUCCGACAUCAAGCCCUGGCUCACCUUUGCUACAUGGGGCAAGAAGUAUGCCUGGGCCUUCUCCCUGAUGGUGACCGCUUUCGCCGGUACCGCAGGAACAUCCACCGCAUGAUUGGCAGCCGAGCCGCAGUAGGCAUAUACAGCCAGAUCGAAGAGGUCGAGACUCGCCGAUUCCUUCAGCGUGUGCUCACGAAACCCGGUCAACUACAGGCACAUGUCCGACACACCGCUGGUGCCAUCAUUCUGCGCAUCUCUUAUGGUGAUGAAGUGACGAAGAACGACGAUCCUUUUGUUGACCUUGCGGAUCGCGGUUUAGAUCUAUUCUCGCGUUCCACUGCUCCUGGUGCCUUUGUGGCUGAUUUUAUGCCAUUUUUGGUCAAAGCCCCCGAAUGGUUCCCUGGUGCUGGCUUCAAGCGCCUAGUCCCUGAAUGGCGUGAGACCGUCGAAAAGAUGGUUUUUACGCCGUACAAUUUUGUCAAGGAUCAGAUGGCAGCCGGAAUUGCCCUGGAGUCUUUUACUUCGAAUCUGUUGGAAAACCGUACGUUGUCCGUAGAAGAUGUGAAGUGGUCUGCUGCAUCUCUAUACGGCGGCGGUGCCGACACGACUGUUUCUGCAAUAUACUCGUUCUUCCUGGCCAUGACACUAUUCCAUGAUGUGCAGAAGAAGGCUCAGGCCGAAAUAGAUGCUGUCAUCGGUCCUGAUCGUCUUCCCUCCUUCUCCGACAGAGGUUCUCUCCCCUAUACCGAAGCACUUGCUACAGAAGUACUACGAUGGAAUGUUGUCGUCCCUACCGGUGUCCCCCACCGUGUCACCGAGGAUGACAUCCAUGACGGGUAUUUCAUUCCAAAAGGUUCCUUGGUAAUACCUAACAUUUGGUUCAUGCUCAAUAAUCCACACACAUAUGCUAGUCCCUUGCAAUUCAACCCUGAACGCUUUUUGUCUAAUGACGGAAAAAAGCCUGAGACCGACCCCCGGAAAAUCUGCUUUGGUUUUGGGAGACGCAUCUGUCCAGGUAUGCACCUCGCUGAAGCCUCCAUCUGGAUCUCUGUUGUGAUGUCACUGGCCGUAUUCGAUAUUUCCAAAGUCGUCGUGAACGGUGUUGAGAUCACCCCUGAGGUCGAUCCCUCAUCUGGCACAAUCAGUCAUCCGAAGCCCUUCAAGUGUUCUAUUAAGCCCCGCUCUGCGAAAGCCAUCGAGCUUAUUGAACAGGAUGCUAACUACUAAGGGUGCGAAGAUGAAAGCAUACAUGAAGGUGUGCCACAUCGCAUUAUGGCACAUGUCUAUAUGUAUCGCUUUAUUUUGUAAGAAUAUUUUAUGAUGCGUGCUUUGGUAUAAAUCGGGCUACCGUCAUCAUGACAAUC